AUGUCCGUCCACUCAUCCAUCUCCGGUGCCACCAACCCCUUCGCCGGUCCGGACCCCGCCGACAUCCGCGACAUCAACAUCCAUGACCGCGUUCCCGUGAUCCUCAAUGCAACCAACUCCACAUACUGCGCGUGGAAGACCUACUUCUCGCUCCUCUUCCACGAGAACAAUCUCGUGGAUCACGUCGACGGCUCCGUAGAUUCUCACGCCAUGGUGGACGAUUCCAAGUGGACCGCGAUCGACGCUACGCUCAUCCGGUGGUUCUUCACCACCAUCUCGAAGGACAUGUUUCACACGGUCGUAAGCGAUGGUGAUGAUGCACGCGCCGUGUGGGUCAAACUCAAUGGCUUCUUCCCCGACAACAAGCUUCGGCGUCGCGUUUUUCUGCAGCAGGAAUUUUUUUACUGUCGUCUGGAUGAUCAAUCCAUCGAUGACUACUGCCGCCUCAAGACGUUGUCUGACGAGCUCCGUGACAUCGGCGCCAAGAUUGAUGAUGAUCUCCUCCUCAACAUGCUCACCGCCGGCCUCAACGAGGACUUUGGCAACGCCGCCGCCAACCUCACCUUGAUGCCGAAGCCCUCCUUCCCCAAGUUUGUGGCGUACUUGCGGUUGGAGGAGCGCCGGAUGAAGUAG